AGAAAUGAGUGAAUUACCAGCAACUGCGAGUACAUUACAUAUACAAACACGACAACGUUCUGAACAAGUUGUGAAUAUUGAACUAAUUGGAAGAAUUUCUCAUCAGAUAACAGGUGCUAAACUACCAUCGAACAAACAAGUACUGCAAUUACUAUUUUACAACAUUAGAUUUGUGUAUCGGCAAUUGAGAGAAAGUGCAAAAUUAACAAUAAAUGCUGUAUUAAUAUUUUGGCAACAAGCUCGAAUUCCGACAAAGGAUGUAGCUAGGUGUGUCGAUAAAUUAGAAUCUCUGUACAAAUUAUGGCAGAAGAUUCAAAAAACCGUACCAAAUAAGAGAUCUGAUGCUCAGAAAAAAAUUGUUGAAGACUUUUCUGCAGAAUUGGAUAAUUUGUUUGACAUUGCUCAUAGAGAUGCCUUACAAAACAUGCGUAUUAGCGAAGACAAGGAAUUUUUGAUUCUACAAAGACAAAAAGGUCGGCCUGGUAGCAUGGCCGGUGCUGACAUGGUAUUGUAUCGGCGACAAAACAGAGCAGAUCACCGCAUUGAGAAAGAAAUGUCUAGGAAAAGGAAACAUCAACAAAUGUCGGAAGUGAAUCUCGAACUCAACGAACUCGACGAUUUUGGUAUGGACUAUGAAGAAGAUAUUGGUGACAGUGAGCCUGAAGUAGCGGAAACCAAUGUGAAAAAAAAUACAAAACACACUGCUUCAACUUGUACUAACAGGGGAAGAAAACAUUUUAUCACACCGCGAUUGCUUUCAGCACUUGAUAGCGCCAAAGUAAGCGAUGGAAAGGCGAUGCACAUUCUGAUGGCGACUGCAGAAGCAUUGGGCCAUUGCACUAGCGACUUGGUAGUCAAUCGUUCUACUCUCCAUAGACUGAGGGAAGAGCAUCGCAGAAAAGAAUCACAGAGGAUUCAAGAGAGUUUUAUUGACAAAGUAUACCAUGAUUGAAAAUAUACGUAUAGGUUAUUUAAAUACUAAUAAUAUCCUAUUCUAGCUAAGUGAUACACAAGCAAUGGUCGUCCACUGGGAUGGUAAAGUAUUGCCAGAUCUAAUUGGAAAAAUAAAAGUUGAGCGAAUUGCAGUGCUUGUUAGUUAUAAUGGCGAAUCCAAAUUUCUAGG